AUGCAAAUCGAUAUGUUAAUUUCGAUAGGUUCAAUCGGUCGGUCGGUGGCUUGCUCACCCGCCGAUGACACAAAACAUAAAUUGAAUUUCGAGCGCCAACAACAGCAACAAAGUAACAACGCAAUUAUGGUGCGCAUUACAGAGGAGCUAGUUCGCAAAAAGUCGGAGCAUAAUGAGCGACUAAUUAGCACGCUGGAGGAGCUGUCGCUGCAUCAAGAGGACAUUGAACGCAUUGAACACAUACAGAACUGGUGUCGCGAUCUCAAGAUAUUGCUGCUGCAGUCCAAUCUCAUAGGCCGGCUGGAAAAUCUGUUCAAGCUGAAGCGUCUGGAGUAUCUCAAUGUGGCGGUUAACAAUAUUGAGCGCAUUGAGAACUUGGAGAGUCUCGAGUCGCUCAACAAGCUCGAUCUGACGCUCAACUUCAUUGGCGAGCUAACCAGCAUUGAAUCGCUAAUUGGCAAUUACAAUUUACGCGAACUGAUUCUGAUUGGGAAUCCGUGUGUCGAAUAUCCCCAUUAUCGUGACUAUGUGGUGGGCACCUUGCUGCAGCUGCACAGCUUCGACUGCAAGGAGAUAUUGCCCACAGAGCGUCUGCAAGCGCAACGUCACGUCCAACAGCAUCGGGCUGUCAUUGUCCAGUGCCAGGCGGCACAGGCCAUCGAGCGGGAUGAGCAAAGGAUUCGCGUGGCCGAGCAGCAGCAGCAACUGGCCAAACAGUGCGCCGACAUGGAGGACGAGGAGGAGCGUCGACGCACCUUCUGGAAUUCCAAAAGCGAGCACUGCCCCGAAAUACGCACGGAGAUAGCGCGCCAGCACAGGCUUGGCCGCGAAAAGCACGAGCCGGCACCAAAUCCAUUGACAACCAAUCUCAAGCGAAAGCCGAAUCUGUUUGCGCCCUGCGGACGACCCUAUAACAUAAACCAGGGCAAGUUGCCGUUUAAUUUCCAAGAUGAGGCCGAUCACUAUAGCCUGCUAUUGGAAGUUUACAAGCAUCUGGACACAUCUCUGAUCGAUGUGGACGUCGAGACAAACUAUGUGCGCGUCACGGUCAAGGGGAAGAUCUUUCAAAUCGCCUACAACGAGGAGGUCAAGCCGGAUGAGUCGAUUGUGCAGCGUUCCCAAAUCACUGGCCAUUUGCAGAUAACACUCAAGAAGCUCAAGGCCAACGAGCUGCUCGUCAUCAAAUCCGUGCGUACGCCGAAGAAAAGUGCUCCUGCUCCUGGCGCUGCUGCUGCUGCAAAAGAGCCCAGCGGCACAGUCGAUAUUGGCAAUAUAUGUCCUCCGCCCGAUUUGCCCGACUUGAUCUAAGUGAAGCACACAAGAAUUUAUUAGAUUUUUUUUAUUUAAAAAUUGUUUAUUUAAAUAUUUUGUUUUUUGUAUUUUUUUUUUCUUUUUUUGGGAUUUUCUGUUUCGUUGCUGCGCCUCUCGUAUUCCUGCUGCCUUCUAGUAUUCAUAACUCCGCGCUGACCCAGCAUAGUACCAGAUGUCUAUAUACAUAUAUAUACACAAAUGUAUAUAUAUGUAAUUGCUUAUAUUGUAUAUGUAGUUACAAUU